AUGGGAGGCUGGGAUGAACCACUUGUUAGAAGCAUCUUUGUUGAGGAGGACGUUAAGCCUGUGCAGAGACAUCUCGAAUGGACGAGGCCAGUGGGUGACACACUGAAGGUCAACGUCGAUGGGGCUUUCAGAGCAGCAGAAAAUACAGGCAGGUGGGGGUUUGCUGUUCGAGACGCAGAGGGAGAUGUCCAGGGAUCGGGCGCUGGCGGGCUGUUGAAUGUGGGCAGCGCAAUACAGACAGAAGCAACGGCCUGCCUUGAGGCUAUGCAUGCUGCUGCAACUUGGGGCAUGAUGAAAAUUCAGAUAGAGUCCGAUUGCCAGAAUCUGACCAGCGCAUUCCAGUCUACUGAGUAUGAUCUAACCCGGGAAAGAACUCUUUUUAGAGAGAUCAGAAUGUUCGCUUAUACAGAUGCGUCCGCGUCGCUCCCGGGGGCGGCUCGGGCGAACCCUACCGCCGCCGCCGCCACCCACUACUCCAGGCUUUCCCCUCGCCGCCGCUGGGCAACGUCGCCGGGCAAAGCCCGCGCGGUAGCCGGCGGCGGCGGGCCCUCUUCUCUCGCGUGGGGAGCCCCCUGUUGGUGUGGCGCGCUGGCCUUGGACAAGGCGCUCGAUCGACGGCGGGCGGACGCCGGAGCGGCGGCCCUAGGACCUGGCGGUGGUGUGCCGGCUGCUGUGGCCGCUGGGGCAGCACGACAGCUGGAUCUGGUGGUGCUGGAUGGUGGUUUGGCCGCGCCGGCUUGCUCGGAUCUGGCGUCAUGGCCAUGGGAUGGGCGGCUCGCUGGUGGUUGGGUGGAGCGUGUGCGGCGCGAGGGCUGGCAGCACGGCUGCUGGUGCGAAGGGCUGCGCGUGGCCGCCGGGUCGGCCUGCUCUGGCUCGGUCGGAUCUGGUCGUCGUCCUGCGGGCGGCGCUGGGGAUCUUGCCGGUGCUCCGGGGAUGCAAACUGUCCAGUCUCCAGAGCUGAAUGAGCAGGAGGACAUCCAUCCAUCCAUCCCAAAGCAAAAUCUAGCAAGUACAAUGACGAUGGUGCUGGAUGCAUUUGCAUCCUACCUGGGGGACUUGCUCAAGCAGGUGGUAGAGGAAGAGCUGGGAACGAUGUUGGGUGUCUCCGACGAGAUCGACAAGUUGGGCAACAAGUUCCAGGACCUCAAGAACUUCCUCGCUGACGCUGAUAGGAGGAACAUCACCGACGAGACUGUGCAAGAGUGGGUGGGGCAGCUCAAGCGGGCCACGUAUGAAGCUGCUGACAUCCUCGACCUUUGCCAGCUCAAGGCCAUGGAGCAUGGACCAUCCACCGUAAAUGCAGGGUGUUUUAAUCCCUUGCUUUUCUGCAUGCGCAAUCCCUUCCAUGCUCAUGAGAUCGGCACCCGUAUCAAGGCUCUCAACCAGAGGCUUGACUCCAUCAAGGAGCGCAGUGCUGCUUUCAACUUUAUCAAUCUCAGGUCCUAUGAGGAUCAUAGCAGUCAUGGUAAUCUUAGCCGGGAGACGAUAGGGGACUUUGACCAGUCGGCUGUAGUUGGGGACAAGAUUGAAGAAGACACAAGAGCACUAGUGGCCCAGAUCAUGCAAACCGGAAAGGUCAAUGAUGACAUCAUGGUGGUUGCCAUCGUAGGUGCCGGCGUGAUUGGCAAGACCACCCUCGCGCAGAAGGUUUUAAAUGAUGAGACCAUCCAAGGUGAGUUCAGUAAAAAGUUAUGGUUGAGCGUCAACCAAAACUUCAGUGAUGUUGAGCUGCUGAGAAGAGCCAUCAUCGAAGCCAGAGGAGACCACUCAUCAGCUGGGAAUGUAAAGGCCAUGCUUCACCAAACCCUCAAGGACACCUUGAUUGGCCAAAAGACUUUACUCGUAAUGGAUGAUGUCUGGGACCAUGGAGCAUGGGAGAAUGUGCUCAAAAUACCCUUUGUCAAUGUUGCUGCUUCGGGAAGCAGAGUUCUUAUCACCACUAGAGAUGAAGGUGUAGCUCGACAAAUGAUAGCCAUAUGGCCCUACCACCAUGUUAACACAUUAUUGCCUGAAGAUGCUUGGUCAUUGCUCAAGAGGCAGGUACUCUCAAGUGAGAUAGAUGAAGACCACACAAAUACGCUAAAGGAUAUCGGACUGAAAAUUAUAGAAAAAUGUGGUUAUUUACCACUUGCCGUUAAAGUAAUGGGAGGACUAUUGCGUGAAAGAGGAGGGCUACAUCGUGAUUGGGAGCAUGUUUUGGAUGAUUCUAAAUGGUCAGUAACUAAAAUGCCCCCAGAGAUCAACUAUACAGUAUACUUAAGCUAUGAAUAUAUGCCUUCAUAUUUGAAGCAGUGCUUUCUAUACUACUCUCUUCUUCCUAAAAGUAAACCUUAUAAUAUGGAUCAAGUAGUUGCAAUGUGGAUGAGCGAAGGUUUUCUUCAUGGAAACUCUAGUGAUUUAGAAGAAUUGGGAAGAAAUUACUACGAGGAGUUGCUAUCCAGGAACCUUAUAGAGCCAGAUAACUUGUAUGUUGCUCCAUGGAUUUCCAGCAUGCAUGAUGUUGUUCGCUCAUUUGCUCAUUACAUGACUAAGUAUGAAGCACUCAUAGCUCAAGAUGGAGACACUGAUAUUCUUACUAAACUUAGUUCGCAAAAGUUUCUUCGGUUGACCAUAGAAAGCAAUCAAUUGCAAUCAGGUGAAGUUGACUGGAAAUCUCUACAGGAGCAACAAUCGUUGAGAACACUAAUCUCAACUAUCCAGAUCAAGAUGAAACCCGGUGAUUCAUUGAUUAUGUUUUCUAGUCUGCGGACUCUACAUAUAGAAUUUGCUAAUGUGGUUUCAUUGGUUGAAUCGUUGCAUCAACUCAAGCACCUGAGGUAUUUGAAGCUAGUAAAUACCAAUAUAUCUGUACUUCCAGGGAACAUUGGCAAGAUGAAACUAUUGCAAUUCCUUGACCUUCAUGGAUGUGAAAAUUUGGUGAAUCUUCCUGGUAGCAUUGUGAAACUUGGCCAGCUGAGGUUACUUGAGCUUCCCAGCAUAAGUGUGAUACCUGGAGGGUUCCGUACCCUAACAAAUAUGAGGAAACUAAAUUGGUUUCGAGCCCAUAUGGAUGGUGAAUGGUGCAGUUUGGACGAGUUAGAGUCUCUUUCCCAACUCAGGUUCCUUAGUUUAUAUAAAUUGGAGAACGUAUCUGCUGCCUCGUGUGCUGCUAAUGCUAGGCUUGGUGAUAAAAAGUAUCUUAUCAGACUGUCUUUAUUCUGCACCAGCAGACUGGAAAAUGAUGGGUUGAUAAAAGAGAAAGAAUGUAUCCCUGAGGAAGAGCAACGACGAAUCGAGAAGGUGUUCAAUGAGCUCUCCCCUCCACCCAGUAUAGAUAAUAUUAUAAUGGGUGGUUAUUUUGGCAAGCAACUCCCAACUUGGAUGAUGUCUGCAAGUCUCAUCCCGACCAUGGUGCCCCUCAAUAACUUGACAUAUAUUAUGUUUGUUGACCUGGCGUGCUGCAGACAACUUCCCGAUGGGUUGUGUCAGCUCCCGAACCUGCAGUUCUUUAAGGUAGACCGUGCUCCAUUCAUCAGGCGUGUUGGGGCUGGAUUCUUGCAGGCUGCGGCUACUCCAUUUCCGAGGUUAAAUGAGAUGUACUUACUAGGAAUGGUGCAAUGGGAAGAGUGGGAGUGGGAGGAGCAAGUACAAGCCAUGCCUAGGUUGGAGAAGCUUAUGCUCAGGAAAUGCAAACUGAGGCGUAUUCCUACAGGCGUUGCCACCAAUGCAAGGGCUUUGAAGGAAUUAUUUCUACAAGACGUCCAACACCUCAACUACCUUGAGACCCUUCCUUCUGUUGUUGAGCUUACAAUGCUUCGAAUCCCCGACAUGGAGAGGAUCACUAAUCUCCCCAAUCUGCAGAAGCUCACGAUCACCGAUUGCCCAAAGCUGAAGGUGCUAGAAAGUAUCCCUGCACUUGAGAGGUUGAUCCUGCAGGAUUAUGUCAUGGAAGAACUCCCAGAAUACAUGCGAGAUAUAAAGCCAAGGAUAUCGCUGCUAUCUUCAUUAGCCGCGGGACAAUCUGGUCCUGAGUGGGACAAGUUCAGCCAUGUGGAGUAUGUCAAGGCAUAUGCAUGUGAUGGAAACAACCCAAGAAAAUGGUACGUUCUAUACACAAGAGACAAUGGCAAGCUGGAGUCCAAUAUUAGCAGCUCUACCGUAUUUGAAGGCGAUACAAUGGCUGCAGAGGAGGAACGACAAGCAGCAGCAGCAGUUGCAUCCGGUCCAGGAGAUGGAAACAAGGAACAAGAAGCAUACCGACUACAAACAGCGGUCUAGGAAAGGAGAAAGUGCGUAAUAGGCUGAUAGCUAGCUAAGGAGAUCAGACCAGGCCGCCGGCCUCUCCAGUGAAAUUAAU